GCCCGCCUGGACUGGAGGGGGCCAGCUAGCGAAGAAUGAUAAAUUCUCUGUGCGGGAGCAUGGAGAGUUUGAAGAGUGAGGUGGGGAACCUCCGGACUUGCGACGCUGGGAGUUUCAAGAAGGAGACCGCUGAUCCGACCAUAAUGGAAGGUCUAGUAAGCAGAUCAGACAACUCCUGUGCUACUAAAUUGCGACCCUCUUCUCCAAAUGAAUCAGCUGUUUCAGAAUCAAGAAAGACACCUACCCCUCCUUCCUCCCAAUACGAUCACGCAUCUGGUACCAGCCUGGUUCCACCUAGCCUCAAAUUCCCGGCUCUCAAACUCCAGCCGGACCAGGACGUUGAGAUUCAAUCCCCUGACCGUUGCUUGUGGGAGUUCUUUGCAGAUCAAUUGGAGGGGGAUUUUAUGAUCUCUUCCCCAGUUAGGAUUGCACCCUCCUCCUCUCCCGCUCCCCAAGCAGCUUCAGGCUACCAAAAUACUACUACUACUCAUGAUAUUAUUAACAACAACAGCAGCAGCUACAAUUUCAGCCACGCGCAGGCUCAGGCUAUGCAUGGGCUGAGUCUGAUGGUGUGCUCUCCCUCUCCGCCCCGCAUGUCAUCCCCACUGGGACCUUAUAAUAGAGAUAAAGGUAAAGGUCUGAGCCCACUCCACAGGGUUCUCAAUUCUCCAAACCACGAGUAUAUGCAGGUGGAGAGCCUCUCCUUGCCAGCUCUUGAGUUCUUGGACGACCUGGACAAGGAUGAUGAUGAUUUUGGGGGUUCCUACUCAAACAGCUGUAAAGGUCCAGAUAUUGCUGGAAUUAGUUCCUCCGACUGUUUUGAUUUAUCCUCGGUCCCAGAACUAUUGGAGUGCUUGACAAUGCCAAAUCCUGCUGCCAGCUCAAGAUUUUGUGCAUCCAUGGCCGAUACUGAAGAUAAUGACACUAGUACCACUACUAGUAGUAUUUAUCAAUUCAGCAGCUCCGGCGAGUCCGCCCCGUUACUCCAGCAAUUGCAACAGGAAAGGCAGCAAGAAAAGCAACAGCAGCUAGGAUCAAUAUCUCAUCGACCGAACCACCAACCCCCGCCGCCAGUAGAGAUGAACUUGAAUUCCAGCCUGAUGGUGCAGCCUCUUUCAAUCGGACCAGAACAGGAACAGGAUAGCGGACUCCGUUUGGUGCACCUUCUGCUUGCCUGCGCCGAAGCAGUCGCCAAAGAAGACUACAUGUUAGCCAGGAGGUAUCUUCACCACCUCAACCGGGUGGUGACUCCCCUUGGAGAUUCCAUGCAACGGGUUGCCUCGUGCUUCGCGGAAGCCUUGGGAGCAAGACUCGCAGCAACCCUCACGGCCAAACCUACUACUGCCGCCUCCAGGCCCUUUAACCCUUUCCCCCCAAACUCGCUGGAAAUCCUCAAGAUCUACCAGAUCCUCUACCAAGCCUGCCCUUACAUCAAAUUUGCUCAUUUCACGGCCAACCAAGCCAUCUUCGAGGCCUUUGAAGCCGAAGAGCGAGUGCAUGUGAUCGAUCUAGACAUCCUUCAAGGUUACCAGUGGCCGGCUUUCAUGCAAGCGCUGGCAGCGAGACCCGGAGGAGCACCGUUCCUUCGGAUAACCGGAGUCGGACCCUACCCGGAGGCGGUGAGGGAAACGGGGCGAUGUUUGACUGAGCUGGCCCACUCCCUCCACAUCCCAUUCGAGUUCCACCCAGUGGGAGAGCAGCUGGAGGACCUGAAGCCGCACAUGUUGAACAGGAGGGUGGGGGAGGCUCUGGCGGUGAACUCGGUGAACCGGUUGCACUGGGUCCCAGGGAACAGUUUGGGGAAUCUGUUGGGCAUGAUCAGGGACCAAGCGCCGAACAUAGUGACCAUCGUGGAGCAAGAGGCGAGCCACAACGGGCCCUACUUCUUGGGCAGAUUCCUGGAGGCGCUGCAUUACUACUCGGCGAUAUUCGACUCCCUGGAUGCAACAUUUCCGGCGGAGUCGGCUCAGAGGGCGAAGGUGGAGCAGUACAUAUUUGCACCGGAGAUAAGGAACAUUGUAGCGGAGGAGGGGCGGGAGAGGGUAAGGAGGCACGAGAGGUUGGAGAAAUGGAGGAAGAUAAUGGAAGGGAAGGGGUACAGAGGGGUGGGGCUGAGCGCGAACGCGGUGACUCAGUCGAAAAUAUUGUUAGGGUUGUAUUCGUGCGAGGGGUAUAGGUUGACGGAGGACAAGGGUUGCUUGCUGUUGGGAUGGCAGGACAGAGCCAUUGUCGCUGCUUCUGCAUGGCGGUGCUAGUAAGAAUCAUCCUCCUCAUCAUGGCGGUGCUUCUGCAUUGCUCUGUUCUAUUCUAGUCAUCUUUGUUCCUUCUUACGUCGCGUUCCUAUCUUUCUUUUCUUUUUUUUUUUGGGUCUUUGUAUCUCAGAUUCUUCAUACCCUUGGAGGGUCAUGUCGAAGAAGAGCACCGGCGAGAAAAGGGUCGUAACUACUGCAUUACUACAUUUUAAGUGCUAGUCCUCCUCAUAGUCUUAAUUCGCUUGUAUGCAAGCACUAAGAGAGAAAAAAGACCUAGUCCUACCAUCUCCAGCCCCCAAUCUUUCCUUUCAAGCCAGGGCAAUUCUUGUUCUGAUCUUCAGUUUGAGCUAACAUCUGUUAUACAGUAAAAGAAUAAAAAGAGCCUCCAGUGUUUAUAGUAA